GUCAUACAUUGCUUGAUGAUUUUCAGGUCAAAUAUAACCUAUGACACCUAGUUUUUUCAUAAAGCACAAUAUUUGUCAUUUACCGAUUGAUGGAUAUUUUCCAUAGUGAACCCCUCCUCCCAGGUCCCGAACUAUCUUAGACCACACAGCUAGCUAGCUAAAUGGCAAACUUUUUGAAGUCUGAAGCUGUGGUUUCCUUAGAUAAGAAAGUGCUUUAUCGGAAAUAAUCUAGCUGCUUUGUAUUAGUUUGGCCUAAACCACAGGCUGCUUCGUUUGAUAUGAUAAUUGUAUUUUGAAUGCCUGAAAGUCCCGGAAGAGCCACUGGCAUCUGUUUUGCAGACCGCGGGAAAAUGUAGUUAUUUCCUGCUCCCUGAAAAAGGUCGUAGGGUUGGCGCGACAGUGAAAGUAAACAGAUGAAGCAUAAUAAUAACAUUCUAAACCACAUUCUUCUACUCGAUUUUCAUAUGCUACUUCCAGGUGCAUCUCAGAGCCAUUGAUUGACCAUCAGGAGAAUGGAGGGGGAUUUGAUGGAUGAAGUGUAUGGUGACCUUAGCCAAGACAACCGCAAAAUGGUGGAAGCUUUCGAUGAAGAUUCUGUGGAUAUUUAUUCAGGUUUGGAAAGUCCAAGUCCGAGGAUUUAUCCAAAUGCAGAGAGAAACUGCACACUCCUCUCACCACGGAAUCUGAAAUCUAUGGAUUUAUAUGAAGAAAUCAUAACAGAGGAACAGCAGGAUAAAGACUCUUCCUACAAUGAGUUGAGGACAAGAUACAAUGCAGCACAAAGCCAAGUUGAAGAGUUACUUAGGCGGUUGCAGCUGAUUGAAACACAGAAUACAUCGCUGAACACUGAGAACAGCCGUCUGAAGAAGAACAUCUGUGCGUUCAUCAAAACAGCUAAAAUGGAGGUUGUGCGGAAGGACGAGGAGAUAAAUAGGUUGAGCCAAAGUUUCAGGCCAGGGAGAGGUCCUGCUGCUCACCAUCAAUCUCAGAUGAACUGCUUGAAAAAUCAAGUUCCAGCUGGACAGAAUCCUACGGGUCCUCCUCCACCAACCCAAUCACCGGGACCUAGACAGGAUUGUGUUGUAAAGGAUCUUCGUCAGCUGCUAUGUCAAGACAGAGAUGUGGUCCUCCCCCCACCCCCCUCUGACGCAACAGUUUUCAGACCACCUCUUCCUGUCACGUCAAAGACUUCUAGAGGUGAUUCAGAAGCUCCAGUGAAACGCACAUGUUCUUCUGUUAGUAGUUCCAGCAAGGACUCCGUGAAUAGACACCGUACACGUGAACUAGGCCCGUCAGACGAGCCAAAACAAACCAAGUACAGAGAAGGCAGAGGUGAAAAUCCCAGGCUGUCCGAGUCAAAGGAGCAGCGGCAUAAAAACAGUCCAGAUGUAAAUAAGGAAUCUCAUUCAGAUGAGAGGAACCGGUCACACAGAGCACAAAAAGAUAUUGGAAAAUAUGACUCUAAGUCAAACAGAAGCAGAUACCUUCAUCCCUCAGAUGUUGAGGUACACAGGAGAUCAGAUAGGGCUAAAAGCCCACACUCAGACAUUUUGCAUUGCACUGCUUCCUCUUACCGUAUGUCUACAGGAUUGUCUAAAGACAGUGCAGACAUUCAACCAAAAGGUUCUAGUUGGCAUGAUAAGGUGCUCAGCUGUGAUAAGGAUGACGCUAAGCGUAGUAGAAGUAUCAAAGACAUUUCCUCUAAAAACAGAAGGCAUGCCUGUUCAAAUCAAGCCAGUCUCACUAAACGAUUCAGUGAAUAUUUUAAUCGCAAGGGAGGGACAAGUCCUCCAAGGGACCACCGAAGGAAAGAGAGAAGAAGAGAGGAUGAGAUCAGAAAAGAAAAAAAUAGAUCAGGGGAAAAAUCAGGAGAAAGAAAAAGCACUUGUACAGAGAGAAGAAAGGAGCGUGAGCGAUGCAGUGCGGACGUCAGUAAGGACCAGAACAUGGGCAACGGUAAAGUCAGGGAGCAAAAGACACAUGAGGAAUCUGAAGUGCUUCCACCUGAGGCCAAAGUGGCUGAGAAAAGCUCUAAAGAGGAAAACGGUCCAAACAGAAAGUUAAGUUUCAUGGAAACUCUGAACCUCACCCUGUCACCAGUUAAAAUUCCAAGACGGCCUGCUGAAGUCAAGGAACAGGAGGAGGGCACACCACCUGAUGAGGUUCCUGAAGACCAGUCAGCGGAAGACAGUGGACAGCCUGAUCUAGGAGAAUUGCUUGUCUUAGACAAAAUCAACAGUAGUGUAGUAGAGACCCAUGAGGUCUUAAUGAACCCAGUUGUACAGCCCUCUUCAGAAAUCCCAACGCCUCCAGAACCUGAAAGUAUGGAGAGUAGACAUACAGAGAAAGAAUCUUGUCAGGAUGCUGAAAAGGCUCUGUCUGAGGCCACAGUAGCCAAAGAGCAACAUAAGUGCCAGUUAGAAGUGGAAGACAGUACUGUCCAAGAUGGCUCCGAAGAAAGGCCUGAGCUGUCCGAGGCCAUAGAGGGUCAGAGGUCUAAACCCACCACACCAGAACUUCUCAGGAAGGAUUGUGUUUCAGCUCCAGACUGUGACAUUGAUUCGGAAACUCCACUGAAAAGCAGACUUGAAAAAUGUGCCUCUGAAAGUAAAAUUGGCACGUCUGAGGAUUUAACUGCUACUGGUGUCACUGCGGCUACUACUACUGUCACUGAGAAUUGUGGAAACAAUUCAAAUACCGACACUGGCCUAUCUGCUAAUGGAUUUACCCCUAAACAUUCAACUGUAGAUUCAGUGGUUAUUACUGACAAUUGUGUGCAUAAGUCCAACAGUGAAACUCCCAGUGCUUUGGUCUGUAAAAGCCAAGCUGUUGAAACUGUGACACAAGAUCCACCUGCUGCUGUCUGUGUGGGACAUCCUGCUGUUGAAGGUGGUCCAGGAAAACAAAAAUCUGAAUCUCUGCAAUUAUCACCCCUCGUUCAACCCGAGGGCCUUCAACAACAACUGCCUGUCUCCGUUAUUUCUAAUUCUAGUCUGGAGAAAGAUGUGACAGAGGAGGUGCAAGAUGUUUCCAAGGAUGCUGUGUCCAGUACAAUUAGAAUGGACGUAGAGAUCUGCAUUACAUCUGAGGUCAUUACUGAUGUCACAGAGAUAACUGUGGAGUAUGAGAAAGAGAAAACUGUUGUGGAACAAAGUUCACCGUUGAGCAGCAUUGAGGUGUCUAAGGUGAGCAGCACCACCACAGGAGAGGUUGCGUCAUCUGAACAGCACAACGGUGGUUUGGCAGAGACACUGAAGAAGUCCCUCAAUUCUGAGCCAAGCUACACAGAGAAUGAAGAGGAGAAUGUUGAGCCCUCUAGCUCCAUUCCGAUGGCCCAUGAUGAGGACUCGAUGAUGCUCACACUGAGUAGCCUAAAAGUCAUUCCACAUGCCAUCAGCCCACUCACAAGCCCAGUCCGCCCGAUGAGGAAAAGCCAGCAGCUGCCAUGUCACAGCAAACCUGCUUACGUCAAGAGUCUUCACAAAGAGUUGUCCAGUGCAACUGGAGAUUCCAAUUCAAGGAAGUUGGAAGUGAAUAAGGAGAACAACACUCCUGGCUGCUCCAUCACAUUUGCUGCACAACGAGAUGUGGAUGGGACCUCCGUCCAUUCUUCCAGCCCUGAGGAGGAAAUGGAAGAAGGUGAAAUUGUUAGUGAAAGUGAAGAGGAGGAAACUCCAGUCACGCCAAGUUCCUCAGCCAAGACGGUUAGGCCCACAAGAACUGUUAAAAAUCAACCAAGUCCCAAGUCAUCCACUAGACUUUCAAAGAAGCCGGCCAAAGAAAAUAGUUUAGUUUCACAACGGAAUUUUAAACUCAGAAGUAAAACCUUGACUUCACCAGUUAGAAGCCCCACAUCAAACAAAACCCGCUACAAAACGAUUCAACCUCCGUUACCCAACGCCGCCUUGUCUACCGUGGAGGAAGUUAUGGACAUGCUUGCAAAGAUUCGCUAUGAGUGCAGAAAAAAGUACAUGAAGCUUCAUUCAACAUUCCCUAAGAAAACCUUCUGCGGUGCUAUGGACAUGUCCUUUUUUCCCUCUUUUACAGACUUUGUUGAUAGUGUAAGCUUUACUAAACUAUGCAGCCAAGAAGAUGACCUCAAAGUUAAACUGAAGAACAUCAUAAUGUCUGUUUUGAGUAAGUUAUUAAAUAAUGGCAUUGUCAACCGCAUCUUUGACCAAGAACCACUCAAUAUGAAGUCCAAACUGUGGGAAUUUGUGGAUGUGCAGUUAGACUUCUUAUUCCAGGAAAUUCAGACUGCACUGAUAAGUGUUAGCAAAUCCUCAAACGGAAGCCAGUCGGCAGGAGCAGAAAAAAGAGACAGGAGUCUCUCUGGAAAUGGGGUACCCAAGCUGCCGGUGAAGUCCCCCAAGCUGCCGGUGAAGUCCCCCAAGCUGCCGGUGAAGUCCCCCAAGCUGCCGGUGAAGUCCCCCAAGCUGCCGGUGAAGUCCCCCACUGCCGAGUCCGCCGGU